AGACAGAAUAAGGACACCAUUCUAUAAAAGCUCACCCUUAUCUUCAACCCUUUCUCUCACACAGUCUCCACUACCCACUCUCCCCUUCCCAACAAACAACACCCAAUUUCUCUGUUCUCGAGAGAAACCCAAAAGCUCAAAACUUCUUGAGAGAGAAAGCGCAGCAGCUAUGGAGGGCAAGGAAGAAGAUGUUAGGUUGGGAGCUAACAAGUUCUCCGAGAGGCAGCCCAUUGGAACCUCUGCUCAAACUGACAAGGACUACAAGGAGCCACCACCAGCUCCAUUGUUUGAGCCUGGUGAGCUCUCUUCAUGGUCAUUCUACAGAGCUGGAAUCGCCGAGUUCAUGGCCACUUUCCUGUUCCUCUACAUCACUGUCCUUACUGUAAUGGGCGUCUCCAAGUCCCCUUCCAAGUGCUCCACUGUGGGUAUUCAGGGUAUCGCUUGGGCCUUUGGUGGCAUGAUCUUCGCCCUUGUGUACUGCACCGCUGGUAUCUCAGGUGGACACAUCAACCCAGCAGUGACAUUUGGGUUGUUCUUGGCGAGGAAGCUGUCCUUGACAAGGGCGGUGUUCUACAUCAUCAUGCAGACGCUUGGAGCCAUCUGCGGUGCUGGUGUGAUCAGGGGAUUCGAAGGAAAGCAGACCUUUGAGGUCAAUGGUGGUGGCGCCAACGUGGUGGCCGGUGGCUACACUAAGGGUGAUGGUCUUGGUGCUGAGAUUAUUGGUACCUUUGUCCUUGUCUACACCGUCUUCUCAGCUACUGAUGCCAAGAGAAACGCCAGAGACUCCCAUGUUCCUAUCUUGGCACCUCUCCCAAUCGGGUUUGCAGUGUUCUUGGUACACUUGGCCACCAUCCCCAUUACCGGAACCGGCAUUAACCCAGCUAGGAGUCUUGGAGCUGCAAUCAUCUACAACAAGGACCAUGCAUGGGAUGACCAUUGGAUCUUCUGGGUUGGACCAUUCAUUGGUGCUGCACUAGCUGCUCUCUACCACCAGGUUGUUAUCAGAGCCAUUCCUUUCUCAAGCAAGUCUUAAAUUAAUCAAAGCAUUAAGGAGGAAGAAACAUUUCAGCCGGACUCCUUUCAGCUUCUCGAUCAUUUCAAUCCUCUGAGUGUUGGCUUCUUUCUGUUUGUAUGGCUGGGCUUGUUAUCUAUAUCUCCAUGUGACUCUGGAUUCUGAGAGUUGUUAGUUAUUACUCUCCUAUAAUGUGUGUAAAUUAUUCUCUAGUGCUUGUUUGUAUCCCAUGUGGUGAAGAUGUAUUUGAAUUAUUGAGUUUGUAACAACCAUCUUGGAUAUGCACUGUUCUUUCUAUCUAUCUAUC